AAGUUGCGACGAGCGGUGGCGGCGGCGGCGGCGGCGGCGGGCAGCUGGUGAGCGUGGCAAAUCCCUGUGGCACUCGCGGUUCUCUGUGGCACUCUGUGACUCCCCUUGUGCUGUGGUGGAGAGCAGACAGCGGCGGCGGCCAUACAGGUCUCGCUGAAAAUGUCCAUGUUGCCCUUCACGCCGCCCGUGGUGAAGAGACUGCUGAGUUUCAAGAAGGGCGAAGGAGAAGACAAAUGGAGUGAGAAAGCGGUCAAGAGUCUCGUGAAGAAACUCAAGAAGUCUGGGGGUCUGGACGAGCUGGAGACAGCCGUGACCACCGAAGACCCGAACACUCGCUGCAUCACCAUCCCCAGGUCACUGGAUGGGCGGCUGCAGGUGUCCCACCGUAAGGGGCUGCCGCAUGUUAUCUAUUGCCGUUUGUGGCGUUGGCCUGAGCUACAGAGCCACCACGAGUUGCGUGCUCUUGACCACUGCACAUACGCGUUUAACCUCAAAAAGGAGGAGGUUUGCGUCAAUCCUUAUCACUACACCAAGAUAGAGGCUCCAGCCUUGCCGGCCAUUCUAGUGCCGCGCGGGAGCAGCAGCAGCAGCAGUAGUAGUGGAGGCGGAGGAGGGGGAGUGGGCGGCUCGGGCUCGGAUCCAGGGUCAGCAGAGGACUUGGGCUCUCUAGCUGAUCUCACGGCUGACAGUGUCAGCGACUCAACUUCCCUGACCUCGGUGGCCCCCACCCUCGAUCCCCAGCCCACUUUCCCCCCAACCGAGUCUCCUCCGCCUGGCUACAUGAGCGAGGACGGCGACAGUCAUGACCUGCCCGAUAUUACAAAUUACUCAGGUAUGUUGAGGGUUUGUCAGUGUUUUGCAGGGUGUUCAAAAGUAGCCGGCACCCUGCGGAAAUUCUCCAUCUAUUGGCUUUUUGAUUGCUGGGUAGUUUUAGCAGGACAAUAA